CUGAAACCUGCCUGGCCGUCUAUUUCGCCAAAAGACCAUCAACAGGUCAACAAAUACCACGCAAGUAACACAUGCGAAUCAAUUCCAGGGUCCCAAAGUUCAAGUGCCUUCACUCCCAAUAGCAGGCUAGCAAAAAAUUACUGCAUUCAGACUGGUAUAUUACGUAUUGAUCAUCCAACCACAGGUCUCGAGUACUUCCGUAGCCAGACAGUUGGAUUGUUUCCGCACUUGGAUCUUGCAUAUGGCAAGAGUAGAACACUGAAUGGCGGCAAUACAACUUUGAAUGGCCACUCAAACAGACCUAGAUCGGUGCAAGGUCUUGGUAUCCAUUCUUUACAUUCCUCGAGACCAGACGCUGGACUUGACAGACCGUCUUCCGAGUUACAAAUCAACCUAGAUUUUCUAGACGGUGAUGACGAUGACCUAUCGAGCGUUGGAUCUAGCGUUCACAGCGUUCGAUCCCUACAUUCCUCGACGAAACUAAAUGCUGAACGUGACAAAGCGACUUCCGAAUUUCACAUCAACCUUGACUUUCUUGACGAAGAUGACGAUGACCAAUCGAGCAUUGGAUCUAGCCUUCUCAGCAUUCGAUCCCUACACUCCUCGACGAAACUAAAUGCUGGACGUGAUAAAGCGACUUCCGAAUUUCACAUCAACCUUGACUUCCUUGACGAUGAUGACGAUGACAGUAUGGACGAGGGACCCAUGGCCAGUCCAGAACAAAUGCACACACAACGAACUGUAGAGCAUUGUGACAGUCCAGAUAUUGUGUAUAGAACGCCACGCCCUUGCAUGGUCACGCACACUAGAAUUGGUGAAUCCGGAGACACGUGCACAUACACAGCCCCACACUCGCACACAGGGGCAUAUGGGAUGAAUGGAAUGACUUCAGUGGAGGAUUAGACAUAUAAGAUUUAUUAAAAUGCAAGAGGAAUUUAUAACUUUUCAAACAUGCGACGUGGAUAGGAAGAGGAAAAGUCAAUAUAAGGCGUUGAACAAUUGAAAUACAUGGAGCGCAAUGAUAGUGUCGGUGCGCAAAGUGGGACUAUUUAAAGGUGAUUUGCGCAUAACGUCAGCGUGAACGCCUUUUACUGUCAAAAGCCUAUGAUGAACGUGUGAUCAAAUUGUGAUAAAAAUUCAAUAUAAAUUUACACUGCACGAGAGACAGUAUUUGAGAAAGUAAUGUUUAGAGGAAGUCGGAGUUGUUAAGCAUUUUGUAUAAAAAUAUUAAAUACCAACAAAAAUGUAUUUAAAUUUUGUGUUCAUUUUUUGAAACGUCACGCGUUGCAAUAAUUUAUCGCACCUUUGUUUUAUCAUCCGCGUGUUUUAUGGUGACCUAAUCCAACACUUCAAACCCAGCUAAGGUCAAAAGUUAUAUUCUUAAUUGAAGACGAUGCCCUUUGGAGA